AUGCAAGAUGGCUGGCAAGAGGUUACGUUGACUUCUGCGGUUCCUUUAGACAUGUUAUUUGUAUAUUGUGGACGAAAAUUGGAUAUGAAAACUGACAGUGCUGCAGUGCUCAGUAUAUGUUCUUCUCAGGCUACAAAUCAAGAUUUACUAGCCACGGUAAGGUGCCAGGCAGGCACUAAACGCCUUUGGGUGCAUAUGCGCUAUAAUGCCAGCACAAUCAUGAGAAUUUCAGAAUUAGUUAAAGUAUUAAUUUACGCAUUACCCGUGGGUGCUCCAAGGGUAGCACGUCUCCUUAUAGUACGACUGCCUGCCCUUCCAUACUAUUCGCAGCAUGAAAGCCAUGAUGUAGGAAACGAACAAAGAUCUUGGUCCCAGAUGUCGAUUACUGGAAGUUUUUCUGUUGCUGAAAUGACGUCAUGGCUUACCGAAAUCCUACCAGGAGAUCUUCCACGGCCUUCAACUAAUAUCAUUUUCGCUCGAUCACAUACGUUAUUGAAGACUAUUCUAAUAUGUCAAUACCGACGAGGAAGUGCGGUUUUUACAACGGACAAUAUUUCAACCAUAGCAGUAAUAAGAGACAUCGUCACCAAUUUUUCCUUGGCAAAAAGUAUAAAAGUAGAAAUUAUAUAUGAUAUUCCAAACGACUGCUGCUUGAAGUCCUUUAUUCGUUUGCAAGAAUAUUUCGAAGAAGAACAUAAAAAAUACAAAGACCAACUUUUGAAGAAUGCUCUGAGAACACUGGAUCUAGAUGAUAAAGAUAUAAACAAAGAAGAGCCCACUAUAUGUGAAGAUUAUCGGCGAGUGUGGAAUAUUGUAGAGGAGGACACAAAGACGAGUUUUCACGAGCUUGUGGAAAAUUUAAAACAAUGGUAUGCAGACUGGCAAGAUCUUUCUCUUCACUUGAAAGAUUACAACAACAAAAAAUAUAUAUUACAAAAUGCAUUACAGAAUUGUCAAUUAGAUCAAAUAAAAGAAAUUUUCGAAAAUAAACCUAUAGUCAAAAAUUGAAUACUUAUAUUUUUAUUUUUUUUUCUCAUUCAAUCAUAACCAUGGGAAGUUCAAUGUUCACUUUUUUCAGGAGUUUUUCAACAAUAAAAAUUUCUAAUUUUGGUACCAUAUUAUUUUAAUGAUUAACAAUAAAAAAAAAAAAAUUGGCUAGUUGUAAAUCAAGCUGAUAUAACGAUUGUUUGUUAUUAUUAUCCAGUCUAUAUAUAAUAGCCAUUAUAUGUUCACCUAAAUAUUUUGAUGUGACAAAAUGUGCACAUUUAUGAUCAUGAAAUUUUUCUGCGAUACAUACUAGGCUUUCCAAUUGCUGUUAAAAAAAAGAAAAUUCAAGUAUUAUUUUAAAGUUAUCGUAAGAAUAAACUGAGUAAUCAAUUAACUGUUUCUUGUGUCCUAAACUCUUUUUCAUACAUUUUUCUUAAAAUAGCCACCUGCCCCAUAAAUGACAUACUAGGAUGUAAUAAUUUUACUGCCAUAUCCAAAUAGACUAAAGCCGCUUGUUUUCUUACUUUCUAUCUGUUUGUUCACAGGAUCUUCUAAUUCAUUGCUAUAAUUGCACUUAGUCUUUUUUCUUAAAAUUCAUAUAAAUACAUUAUCAACUUCAUGGUAUUUUAAACUAAAAGUAUUUU